CGAUUAUAAAAGAGAAUUAAAAGAUCAAGUUUAUUUUCCAGGCAUCACAAUUUGUGCACCAACUAUUAUAACACCUAAAUUAUUGUCAAAAUUUUAUCCAAAAUUUGCUACAUUCAUGAACGAAAAUGUCAACAAACAAUCGGAAUCUGUCUAUAAAACAUUCAAAUAUUAUGAAUCAAAAAUGUUGAGUAAUUAUAGCAUAAAAGAAAUAAUUUAUUACUAUAGUGCAAGAAUGCGAAAUGUGAUACGUUCAUGUCGUUAUAAUCCACUAAGAUAUCGAUAUAUGAAUAAAUUUAAUGAAUAUAUACCAGAAUUGAAUUGUGACUCAUUAUCAGCUGUUCUAAGCAGUAUAUUUGCUGGUAAAAAUGUUGGACAUUUUUCAGUAAAAUGGUGAUUAAAAUUGAUGAUUGGAAAAAUCAAUUACCAAAUGAUACCUAUGAUUACAUGAAAAAACAUGGUUCGAAUACAUUUCUUAGUUAUGAAGAGUAUAUGAAUUUAUAUGGAAAACUUGUCUUACAAAUGUCACCCGAUUAUAAUCCAGCCAUCAAUAUUGAUUUGGAUCUUGGUGAUGAUCAAUGGAAAAAUUUGGCAGAUCCAAAUGAGAUUGGCGUUGCUAUACAUCCACCUGAAAUUUUACCUGAAAUGAAAAAUUUUGUUUAUUUCAAACUGAAACGUAACUAUAUGCUUGAAGUUUCAUUUACAAAGAAAAUAUUCAAUGAAACCGGUUAUAAUUUGAAUUGUCGUAAUUAUAAUGAUGAAGAUAUCUUAUACAAGUUAUUUGGAACACACGAUGGUUGUAUUAAUUCUUGUAUCAAUCAAAAUUUUUUUCAGGAUAAUUUUUGCUAUUCCUAUUUUCAUAUGAUUACAAUAACCAGAAUGGUUGAUGAGGAAAUGAAAUUUCGAAUUUGUCCACAUGAAAAACAGGAUUAUUUACGAUUUCUUCGACAUCGAAAUCAUUGUCUUUCUCAUUCAUCCUGUAGAAAAGAAUGUGUCAAUAAUGAAUUGGAUAUUGAUUUUCAUUUAACCAGAAUUCAACCCCCUAACGGAACGAAUUCUUUUGCUCGAAUUCAUAUACGUCUGUCAACUAUUCCAUAUAAAAUUUAUAGUUAUCGAAAUUUAAUGACAAAUAAUGAAGUAUUUGGUAUAAAUGGUGGCCAUAUGGGAUUAUGGCUUGGUUUAUCCGUUAUCGUUUCAUACAAUGUUAUUGCCGAUUAUAUAAUUCCAUUUCUGAAGCUUUUAUUUUGUAUAAUCUGUAAAAAUGUAGAUUGAUUUGUUUACAUUUUUCAUAUAGUUGCAUUAGACAUUCUCGAUCAUAUAAUUGUAAUUGACUUUCGGUUUUUUUUAUCAAAUAAAAUAAAAUUAUAUUCCAUAAAUUGAUAA